AUGAUGUCGACGAUCCGAAACGUCAGACUGACGGGAGAUAUGCUGCACUUAUGGAGCUAUCCUAUGCUCUUCAUUGCGCUUGGGAACCCUCGUCCUCUCAAACUCGGUGUGUCGACGAACUCUCAGAUGUUGUUUUUUGUCGCUCUUUUGUUGAGAUACUUCAUCAUCCUGCUCGACACAAGCGAUCUCGUUGAGGCCGUCAAGUUUUUCUGGGUGCAACGCAAGCUGUCGCUGAACACGUUGGUAUCGAUGUACAGGAAGUCCAACGGCGUCUACGUCUUCCUGCUCAAGGCUCUUCCGCUUCUGGGAUCUGCCUGCGCUGUCAUCAAAUGUUUCUUCUCCCCAAUCCACAGAGAUCGGCGAGACUCCAUGCACUGGAUGCAAGUCCUGACAAAGAUCUCUGAAAGUCCGUGGGAGGAUGUUCCUCCCGUCUUGUCUCGCGCCUCCUUCUUCAUCGAAGCCUUCGCGAUUGUCCCGCAGCUCUGGAUGCAGCAUGCUCCUCUGCCAAGGGAUGUGGAGACCGCGGACAGCCUCGCGCUUGAGCUGCACCUUGUUUCUAGGGGAACCUUCAGAGCAGGUGGAGGAGGGCGGUGA